AUCUACUACUGCAUAUGGUCACUCUGAUAAGUAGACAUGUAAAAUUCUUUCUAUUUUGUCCGUGAUAGUGUCAAAAGUUUUUUAUUCAUUAAACUUCUUUCGUUUUAUUGAUAGGUAUUGUUAAAUAAUAUUGCGUUAAGAAAAGACGUUUAUGUUUGUUUUUGCCCAAUUAAUUUAGUGACCAUUUUCAACUGUGCUAGUACUCACCAUCUACGCAGAAUGGCGCUGCAGAUGCCGUUAGUAUUCCUGCAAGAUAAACGAAUAUAUAAUGCAAUCGAAAAUGACGAUUUAUCUGAAGUGGUGAUAGUCAUCAUGAACCUAUUCAAAGAAAACAACAUAUUAUUUCAAGCUUCAGAGCAAAAAAGUGAAGUUACGUCUAAUCAUCAUCGCAGUGCAGGUAAUGCAGCUUACUUAAAAGCUGACUAUCGGGCAACACUAGAACAUUACAACAAAGCCUUACUAUGUGCACCCAAAGGAUCCUCGGCCUUAGCAUUAGCUUAUAGCAACCGAUCAGCACUUUUACUAACUUUAAAGUUAUAUCAAGAAUGUCUCACAGAUAUUGAAAGGUGCUUGGACUUAGAUUGCCCCCCUGGUGUAGUUGCUAAGUUGAUGAAGAGGAAAAGGGACGCAGAGGCAAAUAUUAAUUUGAACGAUAAUUUUACAGAACACGUUAUGACCAAACUGUGCACAGAACUGCUUGCCUUAAAAUCUCCGAGGAAUCCCGAUAUACCGUGUGCCAGUACUGAUAUAAAUGUUGUCGUCGACUCUGGCAUGCCCAAAGUGGUAACAACUAAAGCUGUAACAAUAGGAACUGUACUUGCGAUAGAACAGGCGUACAUAAGCACUGAAAAUGCGGCCUACAAGCUCAUAUCUUGCCACUACUGCCAAAAUGUGAAUACAAAUAUGAUUCCCUGUGAUAAUUGUUGUACAGCCUUGUUUUGCAAUGAUACUUGCAAAAAAAAGUGCAUUGCCGAGUACCAUAGUGUUGUCUGUAAAUUAAGUAUGGCGAUUGAGACUAGUCCUGAGGAGAUGUUAUCUUAUGUUAAAGCCGCUAUAAAACUGAGAAACUCAUUCAACUCAUGGGAAGAGUUUAACGAGGUUUCGCUCCUUUUAGGACCGGAUAGAAUCAAGAUUAGUGAACCAAGUCAAAUUUAUAAUGGAGAAAUAAAAUUUUCUAUCCUGAAUGUUAGUAAAGAGAGGCAUUUUACCCACGGUCGUAUUUAUAACUGCGCUAUGGCAUUUGCACAAAUCAUCUGUUGUAUUGUUCAGAAAGGUUCAUUUUUUCCGGAUAAAUCGGACGAUAAAAUAAACGCUAUCCGCAGUUUCAGUAGAGUACUUAUGCACAUAGGAAUGAACGCUUCUGUCAUAGAUGUACUUUCAUGUGUGUCUAUUAUGAGCCUUAAAGGGCGCGAGUUGGGACUCACUUGUAAGGGCAUAUAUCCGUUGAUUGGGAAACUGCGACAUUCCUGUAAUCCAAACGUGUUGGCCAUCGGAUUGAACAACCGCAUCGCUUUAUUGGCUUUACAACCAAUGCCACAAGGAACGGAACUUAAUAUAUCAUAUGCUGGUCACUGGCUUGAUUAUACCGUAAAUUUCAGACAGGAAAUGUUAUUAUUAAGGCACUUUAUAAUUUGCUCGUGUCAUAUUUGUAGAGGCAUCACAUUGACAAAUCAGAAAAAGCCCAAUGAAGCACAGAUACAGAUAUACAACAAAUUAAACCCAAAAGUAGCGGAGCGCGUUGUUAAUUAUAGAAAUUUUUUAAAGAUUUACAACGAGAGUGUUAAUGCACUUACACAAUUGAGCGAUUUGCCAUUUUCUGAAGAAUAUAAAUCUAUCUACGGUUUAUUCAGGAACCUUGUUUUACAUAUCCAGCAUUAUGUUUGCCCAAAUAUUCGAAUUUAGUUUCCGAAUCCUUAGUCAGAGUUGUAUUCAAGAUAGGGCAGCGGUAAUUUAAGAUAUUUAUAAGCAUAGGGGCAUAAGCAGGGGCAGGGUGAGGAGCUCGAUGGCGCAAGUGGUUAGUGGUUAGUUUCGCGGCGGUCGGUCAUUCGAUGGGUGACCAAUUAUUUACUAUCUCGAUCUCCUCCGUGCUUCGGAAGGCACGUCAAGCUGUUGGUCCCGGCUGCAUCUGCAGUCGUUAGCUCCCACCAAUUCGCACUGUCAUGACGGUGGGUCAUGGCCCAAUCUCCCUAUUCCAUCCAUAGGGAAGGUCUGUGCCCCAGCAGGGGGACAUUAACAGGCUGAUGAUAAUAUUAAAGCUGGGGCGUGCGGCCCUUGGCAGCCUGCGCCUCGUUUGAAGGUAGGGCAAUGGUAUUUUGAGAUAAGGAUUUGCCCCUAGAUGUAUCAUCCAAUGACGCUCUUUUAGACUGCUGCAAGUGACUAGGUCAUU